UGAUGUUCAACUGAGCCUAACCCAAUUAAGAGCAGGAUGAAGGUCAAAUCCUUCUGAAUUUGAGAUGGGUUGCCCAAAUCAUAGCCCAUUUUCAACUGCCUGGAACCUUGGUCUUUGCGUGGACUCUUCUGGAUGAUAUACAUAUUACAUAUAUACACAAAAACAAACAUUUCCAGGCAAAAUUAGCUUAGAAAUGGUAGUGGCGAGAUCAAUAGCGCUAAAAGCAGUGAAUACCGCCAGUUUAUGGGGUCUAAACCGGAGUCGUUUCGGGGGUUUGCCCAAGGUCCAAACCGUGAGGGCAUUGUCGACAUUCAUGUCUCCGCCAUCCAAGGCAGUCGUCUACGAGCACCACGGUCCACCCGACUCCGUCACCAGAAUGAUAGAGCUACCCCCAGUAGAAGUGCAGGAGAAUCAAGUUUGUGUUAAAAUGUUGGCUGCUCCCAUUAACCCCUCUGAUAUUAACCGUAUUGAAGGAGUAUAUCCUGUGAGGCCACAGGUGCCAGCAGUUGGAGGCUAUGAAGGUGUUGGAGAAGUGUAUUCUGUUGGUUCUGCGGUUAAGGGUCUCUCCCCAGGCGAUUUGGUCAUUCCAUCUCCACCCUCCUCUGGAACAUGGCAGACUUAUGUUGUCAAAGACCACGACAUAUGGCAUAAAAUCAGUAAAGAUUCACCAAUUGAGUAUGCUGCAACAGUUACUGUUAAUCCUUUGACUGCUAUAAGAAUGCUCGAAGACUUCACUACUUUAAGCGCAGGAGAUUCCAUCGUUCAAAAUGGGGCUACCAGCAUUGUGGGGCAAUGUGUAAUCCAGCUUGCAAGAUAUCGUGGCAUCCAUAGCAUUAACAUUAUCCGGGACAGGGCUGGAUCGGAUGAAGUAAAAGAAAGGUUAAAAGCUCUUGGGGCUGAUGAAGUGUUUACCGAGAGCCAACUAGAAGUGAAGAAUGUUAAGAGCCUUUUGUCAAAUAUACCUGAACCUGCCCUGGGAUUGAACUGCGUCGGUGGACAUGCCGCUUCUUUGGUUCUCAAGUUCUUAAGGCAGGGAGGAACCAUGGUAACAUAUGGUGGAAUGUCCAAGAAGCCUGUCACCGUAUCAACUUCCUCGUUCAUUUUCAAGGAUCUUUCUUUAAGAGGAUUCUGGCUACAGAAAUGGUUAAGUGCUGAUAAAGCGAAAGAGUGCCGAGAUAUGGUGGAUUACCUUCUACGCCUGGCACAAGAGAGGAAGUUAAAAUACGAGAUGGAGUUGGUUCCAUUUGACAAAUUUCACAGUGCAUUGGAGAAGGCACUUGGGAAACAUGGGAGUCAACCAAAACAAGUUAUCAAAUUCUAAUCUUUACGUCCUUGUUCAUCAAUUCUGAAGGCGCUGAUGAAUGGAUUGUAUGUAUCUCUUUAUAAGGCUUUCCGUUUACAAUCAGUGAUAGAAUCUAAAUGACUAGAAGUUGCCAAGAAUAAUAAUUAGUAUCAAAUAGAUUUUUAAGGUAUUCGUGUCAA